AUGGCAACGAAGAACAAUGGUUUCAAACAGAGCAACUUAUAUCAUACUCUGUUCUUGAAACAUCAGAAAGGGAAGGUAACAACGUUAACAAUCUAUGUUGAUGAUAUGAUUGUUACUAGGAAUGAUAAACAAGAAAUAUCACAGUUACAAUACUAUUUAGCUACUGAGUUUGAGAUGAAGGAUCUAGGUGGACUCAAGUAUUUCUUGAGAAUUAAGGUGGCUCAAUCACAACAAGCACUACUACAUUUUUCACUUUGCGCGACGAAGAGAAUUUCGUCGCGCAAAAUACAUUAUAGUCGCACAAAUUUUAGCGCGACAGAAACUUCGUCGCGCAGAUUCCGUCGCGCAAAGAUCGUGGAGAAAGACUUUGUGCGACGAAAUUUUUCAUUCGUGGUCGCUCAAAGUGACUUUGCGCGACCAAUAUGUUUCGUCGCGCAAAGUGACUUUGCGCGACGAAAAAAUUGGUCGCGCAAAGUCACUUUGCGCGACGAAAAAAUAUUUGUCACGCAAAGCGACUUUGCGCGACGAAAAAUAUUGGUCGCGCAAAACUUUGCGCGAUGA